GCCGUGGCGGGCUCAGAUCGAGGCACUGGAAUACACCCUGAGCUGAACCGGCCGACGAGUCGAGGCCUCCUUUUCUCUUAAGAUCUCGUGUUAACGUCUAUGGAGACCAAAACCCUCUGUUCAAUCACCGCUAUUGCCGUCGUUUGCUGAGAGUUAUUGCGCAGGAGACCUUCAAUUGGAUAAUAGUGCCUUCGGUUCUCCCUUCACUACCCUCAUCUAGAAUACAGCGAUCGUUAUGGCAACAAGUUCUGCGACCUCAGAGCCAACGACACCAGCUAUGUCUUCCGGUAAAAGCACCCCGCCGUCUUCGCCACUCAAUGGCAGUCUCUCAGAGGCCAAGGCAGAGGCCGACGGAGACAAGAAAGAGCAAGAUGCAGAUAAAAUGAACGUGGAUGCUGAUGAUGGCGAGGAGAUGGACUACAAGUCACGGGCACUCACGAAUCUCCUCAAGACGAGCUCAGUCUUCGUUGCGAUUAUGGCAGACAAGAUGAAGCAGGAGCAGAAGCGUAAUCAAGAGCAAGCUCGACGGGCUGCUGCGAAACAGAAGCAUGAAGCCGCCAAAACUGCUGAGUCGAAAGGGCCUACAAGAAAGUCUGCAAGAACACAUGCUCAAGAUGAGCACCCGACAGGAGCGCAGGGGAAAGACGAGAAGAAGGCCACUCGGGGGCGAGGACGACAGCCUAAUAAGGGUAAUGUUGGGAGGAGAAACAUAACCGAUUACUUCGGUUCGGAGGCUAUUGAGGCUUCCAAAGAGGGUCCAACAGUCCAAGAAGCCCUUGCAGAGGCCGCCGAUGAAUAUGAAGGCGAGGGACUUGGGACCCAGGAUCUUGUCGCGACUGAGCAACCCUCUCUAGUCACUGGUGGAAAGAUGAAGCACUACCAACUUGAAGGCCUAGAGUGGUUGAAAUCGCUUUGGAUGAACGGUCUCUCUGGCAUCUUGGCGGACGAGAUGGGCCUGGGAAAGACGUUGCAAGCCAUCUCAUUGAUUGCAUUCUUCAAAGAGAACAAUAUCUCCGGGCCCUUCUUGAUCGCCGCUCCUCUAAGUACCGUGCGCAACUGGGUUGAAGAGUUCAAACAUUGGACUCCGAGUAUCAACACGAUACUCUACCAUGGAAGCAAGGAUGAGCGCGAGGCGAUGAGGCGGAAAAAGAUGAGGAUGCAAGAUCAAUUCAAGUACGAGUUUCCGAUCGUCGUCACCAGCUACGAAAUUUGCAUGAAUGAUCGGAAAUUUCUGGCAACCUAUCAAUGGAAAUAUAUCAUUGUGGACGAGGGCCAUCGCCUGAAGAACAUGAACUGCAAACUGAUCAAAGAGUUGAUGACAUACAACUCUGCCAAUCGACUUCUGAUCACAGGCACACCUCUCCAGAACAACAUCGCGGAACUUUGGUCACUCCUGCACUUCUUGCUGCCCGAAGUGUUCAAUGACCUUGACAGUUUUGAGCGGUGGUUCGACUUCUCGAGUGUGCUGGAAGGCAAGAAGGAAGCUGACGAGAAGACGUUGAGCCGCAGGAAUAAUCUCGUGUCGACAAUGCAUGCCAUUCUGAAGCCGUUCCUACUUCGAAGGGUCAAAGCGGACGUUGAGUCGGACCUUCCCAAGAAACGGGAGUAUAUUCUGUAUGCACCUCUGACCUCUGAACAGAAGGAAUUGUACCGGGAAAUCUUAGCAGGCACGAGCAGAUCAUAUUUGGAAGAGAAGGCUGCCGAACGCAUUGAGGCCAGAAGCCGGACUGCUUCUCUCAAGCGGAAAGCGACUGCCAGCGGGCGCGGGACGCCCGCGAAGAGCUGGAAACCAAGCCGAGACUCAACGCCAGCUUCUGUUGCUUCUACUGGCUCGAUCCGGCGGGGACGCAAAUCGGCACGCACAAGCUAUCGAGAUGUAACGGACCAGGAAUUCAAUGCUCGCCUUCGUCGAAUUGAACAAGGUGAAGAAGAUGUCAACCUGGACCGCGCGUCUCCAUCGCCAGCCUCACAGAACGUCUCGUCCGAGGAAGCAGAAGAGCUCGAGAGAGCCCAGACAUUCAAACUUGCAAAAAAGGAGAUCGCCUCCAAGAAGCUGCAGAAUCCUUUGAUGCAAGCCCGUCUCGCGUGCAACAGUCCGCACAAUUUCUACUGGCCCUGGAAACCAAGUACAGCAGCCGAAGAGCGAUCAGGCAACUACCCACACGUUGAUGAAAGUCUAGUCACGGCCUCGGGCAAGAUUCUCGUGCUCGACACACUUCUUCCCCGACUCUUCAAAUUAGGACAUAAAGUUCUCAUCUUCAGCCAAUUCAAAACUACACUGGAUAUCUUGGAAACGUACGCGGUUGAACUGCGCGGUUGGAAGGCGUGCCGCAUUGACGGCUCGGUUGCCCAAGAAGAGCGCUACGAGCAGAUCACCAAAUUCAACACGGACAAGUCUUACAAUUUGUUCCUCUUGACGACACGAGCUGGCGGGCAAGGGAUCAAUUUGACUGCAGCAGAUACUGUGAUUCUAUUCGACUCAGACUGGAACCCGCAGCAGGACUUGCAGGCCAUGGAUCGCGCACAUCGUAUCGGUCAGACGAAACCCGUCAUUGUGUACCGUCUCGCGACCAGGGGAACGGUAGAGGAGACACUGCUGCUCAAGGCAGAUACGAAGAGGAAACUGGAGAAACUGGUCAUUCAAAAGGGUAAAUUCAAAUCUCUUCUUUCGUCCGGCGUCGAUACGGAUGACAUUAGAGGCGCGCUUGUCAACGACGACUUUGAGAAGUAUGAUGUCCCGCAUCUAGAGGAAGACGAGAACAAUGGGCAAGAAAAGCACAAAAAGAGGAGAUCGAUCCUGAGCGAAGAGGAGCUGAAGAUUUUGACGGAUCGGAGCAACGAAGCUUAUGAGCGGGCCGCGAAGGGAUUGGAUAUGGGAGGUGAAGGAAGUGCGUUCCAAGUUGCUGAAACCAAAAGGGGAGGAACAACGACAGAUGUCCUUGACGAUUUGACGGUCAGGAGCAAGCCACGAUGAGCGUGCCACUUGGAUGUGAACUUGGAAUGGUCGUUCUGGAUAUGUCGCCUGGGACGGAUGGAACGGGAUAGGAUGUGUGGGAUUUCUACGGAGUAUCUAUUGAGUACUUGCAGAGAGGAUCCUGUCCCAGCCUGACACGUGAUCAGUGAUAAUAUCAGGCUGCGUUGAGCACGUGAUUCCGGGGGUGGAGCGCCGACGGAUAAAAAACUGUUCCACCUCGUGGAUUGUAACUGAGAUGAGACCGGCGAUCGAUAGCAAAGAUCGAUCAAAUCAAUCUUCGAUGACAGCACGCCCUCGUUCUGGAUUAGGCUUCUGAUCCUAGAGGUCAAAUGACCCUUCCAAUGCUCAAAUGGACCUUCCACCCUGGGUCUGGGUUGUCCGCGCGGUGUCUCGGCGCGUUCAGCCCCUUGUGCGUUCUGCCACCCUCUCUUGAAAACUCCCAAUUGG